AUGUCGUCUUCAAGGAACGGUGGUGCGCGUCCUACGCUUCCCUCCAUCCGCGAUGUAUUUCGGGAGGAACUUCGUAGUCCCCCUAGGACUCGCCCUGAAUCACCUUCUUUGACACUCGCUCGACUCCGAGUCGAUGAUGAUGUCUCGUCAAUCCAACGUGGCCCGCCUAAUCAUCUGGGUGACGUGCGGAGCUCAUACACCUCAACAUCCGCUGUUCGAAGGCCCUCCUUACCUUUACCUCCCUCCACUCCCCGCAGUGUACCUACCUAUCCUUCACAAGUUGCAUAUACGUACCCGCAUCCUUCGUAUUCAGGGCCCUCUCCCUAUAUCCAUCAAGCACAGGAGCGCACACCGACCGCCGGAUACCAGAUGCAUCAUCCGGGAAUACCCUAUGACUCACGGUAUCCUCCUGUUCAUGAUCAUCGCUUGUAUGCUCGCCAUCCUGACAAUACGCCGCCGCUGGGAAGCUCGUACAAGCAUCACGAUUUCCAGGAAUCAUCGAGCUCCCAAACCGAUCUGCAUAUAAUGGAUCAAAGUUUACCCGCGGGCUCCAAGUACGAAUGUGGGUAUUGUGGUAAGGGAUUUAACCGUCCUAGUAGCCUAAAGAUUCACUUGAACAGUCACACGGGAGAAAAACCCUUUCGGUGUCCAGUCGAAAGCUGUGGCAGAAGUUUCAGUGUUCUAAGUAACAUGCGCCGACACGCCCGCGUACACACGCAACCUUCCAAAGAUACCUCAGGAGACGAAGGCAACGAUAGCCACACACACACACGCCGUGGCGCGUCCCCACCAAAACCUGGAAAUGCCGCCCCAUCGCUUUGGCACUAUCGUCGGGACAGCAGUGGUUCGACCUCUAGCUCUGGUUCUCGCAGGAGCUACAGCGUGUCAUCUGAUUCUGGUGAUGAACUGGACGUCCCAAUGCCACCAGGAAAACGAGCUCGUGCAUCUUAUGCAAAAUAA